AUGUUUUAUAUUUUAUUUUUUUUACUUUUACUCUUACUUUUUCCCUUUCAUUUCUUUUCUUCGACAAAAUUGAUCACUCAUUUUCAGAUUUUUGUUGAUGAACGACAUUGGUCUAUUAGAUGUCGCUGCUCCCUCUUUAUUGCACCUAAAACAGGUAUCCAUUCCGAUUACUCCUCUGAUCCAAUAGAACUAAGUUUAUUACAUACAUUCUACCUAAAUAAUACUAAUACUAAUACUAAUACUUAUACUAUGAUAAUAAUAUUCACUAUACUAUACCAUAGUUUUACUCUCUUACUUGUCGUUAGUUCUCCACACUAAUCAGUUCUUAUCCAGGGCAGCCAAUAUAGCACAAGAUAAUUCAAAUAUUGUUUUGUGUAUAGUGUAAUUUGUGUAACCGUUCCAUCGAUUGGCUUCAUGUCGCAAAUAAAGUCGUUAGAUCACUUGGAUGUUUGGAUGUUUACGUUGUCAACUGAUGAGAAUCUUUUACAACUUUAUAGUUACAGUAGUGUCCUAUUACAAUUCUUAAUAGUUCUCUAUAAUCUACUAUUAGUACUAUCAUUAAAAUAGUUUGCAGCCCCAGAAAAUCUACAAUCGCCUUACACAUUAAGUCGUAUCACAUUUCAUAACGCUAUUCCUAUUCUAUAACGUAAAUUCUUACACUAGCUCAAAACACUAACUCUUACAUUAUCGC